AUGGCUGAAUUGCUUGUUCCAAAGAUAAUAGGUGAAUUGGGUGAUGUUGCCGUGAAGCAGUUGGGGGCGAAGGUCAACUUGGUGAUGGGGGUCGAAGAAGAGGUGGCAAAUAUCUCCUCUAAGUUGGCAACCAUUGAAAAAGUGCUUCAUGAUGCAGAGAGACGAAGGCUGAAGGACAGAAGUGUUGGAAUUUGGCUAGAAAAGCUCGAGGACAUAACAUAUGAGAUGGAUGAUGUGCUGGACGAAUGGAACUUCAAGAUUCACAGAGCAAAGAAUGAGGGAACUAGUCAGAAUGCCAGAAUGCAGCCUACACUGCGGAACAAGGUUCGUUCCUUUAUCCCAUCCCUUUGUUCUUGUCUCAAACAAGUUCCUGUGCGUAGUGACAUAGCUCAGAAAAUAAAGAAAAUAAAUGGACAGCUAGAAUUAACUUUGAAAGAGGCAGAUCAAUUCAAGUUCAUUACAAGUGGGGGGAUUCCUGAUUCUCAUGAUUUUCAACGAAUUAUGACUACCUCAAUCAUAGACGAAUCAGAGGUCUAUGGUCGAGCAGCUGAUAUGGAGAAGGUUCUUGACCAAAUUUUGUCCAAGAGUAGUAGUCAAGACAGAGAUGGGGUUCAAAUUAUCUCUGUAGUAGGGGCCGGGGGUAGUGGAAAGACCACACUUGCCCAGCUGCUCUUCAAUAAUGAUAAAGUGCAGAACCACUUUGAACUUAGAAAUUGGAUCUGCAUAUCAGAUCCUUUCGACCAGAAAAGGGUCGCGAAAGCUAUCCUUGAGAAUGCUGGAAAAAGUUCUCAUGAAGCAGAGUUGGAUCCGUUGAUUCGACGUAUAAAAGAAACUUUUUCCGGUAAGAGAUUCCUGCUUGUCCUAGAUGAUGUCUGGACAGAGGACGACUCAAUGUGGAAACCUUUCCAAUACUCUCUCAAGGAAGGGGCUCCUGGAAGUGUAAUCUUGGUAACAACAAGGAGUCAUAGAGUGGCCACAGUGGUGGGUUCGACUGAUACUCACGACCUAGGCAUGAUCUCUCACUCUGAUUGUUGGCUAAUAAUGCAAAGGCUAGCAUUUGCCAACAAAUCAGACAAAAUGAUAUAA